AUGGAAAUAUUCAAGUCUACCGAAGAAUCUGUAAAAAAUGUUGGUACAGGAAUUUAUACUAGUCUCCCAGAGUGGGUUAGGCGUAUUGGUGACUACAGUUAUGAUGUUGCGUCAAGAUACCAAAUUUUAAAAGAUUUUUCCCUUACUUUUGGUGCUUUAUUUGCAAUUCCUAUUUUGCUUUUUAUUGCUUGGUCUAUUGGAUCCCUUGUUACGACAAUUAUUAUAUGGGCAGUCGCAUACGCCGCGAUAAAUGGUCUUUUAAUUGGAGGCGCACUCCUUGUGCUCACACCCAUAUUUAUAAUCACAAUAAUCACCGCAGCGAAUGUUACCUGUGUCAUCACUGUUUGUAGAGGAACUCUCUGGGCUGUACAAGUAGAAGAGACAUUAUCACACAUUAAAACAGAUGUCAUCACUAAUGGGGAAGUUUUUGCAGAUGACAAUGAAAGUAUAUAUGAAUAUGAAAAACAGUUAGAUUAUGCGAACAAAAUGAAACGUUUGGUAUUCAUAGAUAAAUUGAUUGACUAUUUUAGUAGAGCAAAAAGAGUUCCUGGUGUGGUUAUUAACGAAAUGAUCAAACUUUCACCUAUCCAUGCAAUUAUUUUUGUUUGUUGUAUUUUUUUAAUUAAGGAAUGGUAA